CUGUGAUUGUCUAGACAUGUGGGGGUUAAAUCUAGGGCAAAGGAGUGUAAAAAUAGAUGGGAGGGUCCAAUGUGAAAGGUUUGGAACCUCUCCCCUUAUAUAUAAAACAAAGACUCCGCCUCCAAUAUGUGGCAUUCAGUGUGUGUCCACACCAGGGUAGAAUUGGCACCAUGCUCUCCAGAUCAGCCAUGCACGUGCCACAUUAUGCCCCUUCCAUGUUCAGGGAGUUUGACAGAUGGAAGGGCUAUCUGAGCCUUGCGAAAGUGGUUACGGAGAUCAUCGCGGAACGCAAGAAGGUCCCAUUUCCAUCUCAGAGUUUGGACACAAUGGAGUACGACAUGCAGCUAGUCCUCAACGAGGACAACUUUGAAACAGCAUCACAAUGGGUUAAUGGAAGCAGUUCCAGCAGCAAGAGCUCCAAAGGUAGUGCCAAUGGCCAGGCUUCCCAAAACAAGGAGAUUUGCAAUUUCUGCAAACACAACGGGGAAUCCAAGCAGGUCUAUUCGUCCCACCGGCUGAAGGGGAUGGACGGCACCGUGGAGUGCCCCAUCUUGCGCAAAUACACCUGUCCGCUCUGCGGUGCCACGGGCGAAAAGGCCCAUACUUUAAAAUACUGCCCACUGAGCCAAGGGAAGAGGUCGCUGUAUCGCAAGUGCGGACGUAACUCGGCUGGACGCAAGGUUUGGAGAAUGGAAGCCCAAUUCUCUUAGACUACAUUUAUGUGUCAGUUGCCUAGUGUGAUGAUUCAUGGGCCCUGCAGUCCUAUUCCUGACAGUAUUGUGGCAGAUGAGGAGGAAAAUAUGGAGUUUUCCCCAGAUUUCCGGUCGGAGUCAGAGCCUUGGCAGCUGCCUGAAGUUCUAGUCCAAGAACCAAUUAAACCUGACCUUGGUGGGAACUCUCCCCCUUAUGGGAGAAAACAGGCUUACACGACUGAUAGAGGAUCGAGAGAAAAAUUUAGAAGUAGUGCUCGCCUUGCUGCCAAAUAUGCCACUGAUUAGAAGUAUUUCCCCUGAGAAAAUACGGGGAGUCUUGCACCUGCAAGCUGGUUUCCUUCGCUCCCUGUUCUCUAGGGAAAGUGAUUGUUGUUUGGGGAAACGAGACCCAAUAUAGGGAAAUUGCGCGAAGGAUUCCUUGCGGAGUCAAUUCGUCAGCUCCUGGAGAGAGGUCAUGUGUGUGUGGACUUCGAAUCCUGUUCCUUGCCUCCUGAAUCUAGUUCCAAGCCUUGUCCUCGUCUCACGGAUUUACCACAGAUCUUGUUCCAUGCUUCAAGUUGCUUUGCCUUUAGCCACAGCUCCAGCCACGUUCCAAGUAACUUUCAGCCUUGUGUCAAGCUUCAUUGGAUUCAAGACUUUUUCUGUUUUCCCAACGCUUUGCUUGGCAAAGCGUGUGUUGCGGUUAUUGGAUUAUAAUCUUUGGACUCUAAUAUUUCAUAUUGGACAAUAAUCUGCUGGACUAUAUUUGGCCUCAUUUGAAAGGUCUGCUUCUGAACUUUAUUCUACACUUGUUUUUAUUGACUUUAUAUAUUCCUUUAAUAAAGAUAUUAGAUAGAAUCUGGCCUCAGUGUAUGGUUAUUGGUGCCCAGCAGCCUAGAUCCUGACACCUUGUAUCAUGCUUUUUUAUACAUAUAAUCAUGUUUUUUACAUAUGUAAUAUCACGUUCCUUUGACAUCUGUAAUUGCCUUAUAUCAUAUUUUAUAUUGUGUUUUAUAUAUGCAGUUACUUUACAUGUUUCUUUUAUGUAUGGAUGUAUAAUUUUUACAUGUUUAAUUAUAUUAUUUGCAACUAUAAUUGCCUAAUAUCAUGCUUCUUUUAUAUAUGCAAUGACAUCAUGUUUAUUUAACGUAUAUAAGUGCCUUAUAUCAUGUCCGGGUUAUCAUGUGUGUCUCCAGAGGGAUGCAGCCCUAUCCUUUGCAGGGAAAAUAUAGAAAUAUCUUCUAAAUGGCUACUGUCUAGAAUUUUGUUUUGUAAAGAAAGGAAAAGUUUAUAUGCUAUUGGAAAGAAAGAUACUAUUUUAUGUUUAAAUUUUGGAAAGGAAUAGAAUUGGUUAUUAUUACUGUGGUCUAACCUUCAAUUGUUUGCAAGUUGUUCUAAAGUUUGGAUCGUAGAGUUUAAUAAACAGAGUUUAUGGUUUUGGCAUCAAAACUGUUCAUGUUGUGCUUAAAUGGGAUUGAAUUUUCUUUAAUUUGUGGCCCAUAAUAGGCUGGUUAUAAGCCUGAUCUGGAAGGCAGCCAAGGCAAAGACCAUUGAGCUGCUGAACUUGCAGACUGAAAGGUCCCAGGUUCAAAUCCCGGGAGCAGAGUGAGCGCCCGCUGUUAGCUCCAGCUUCUGCCAACCUAGCAGCUUGAAAACAUGCCAAUGUGAGUAGAUGAAUAGGUACCGCUGUGGCGGGAAGGUAAUGGCACUCCAUGUAGUCAUGCCGACCACAUGACCUUGGAGGUGUCUAUGGACAACACUGGCUCUUGGGGUUAGAAAUGGAGGUGAGCACAACCCCCAGAGUCAGACAUGACUGAACUUAACGUCAAGGGAUACCUUUACACACACACACAUGCAGGGACUACACCAAUUUAACAAAGUUUCAGCCACAAAAACAAAGUUUCUAAAGUAGAGCAAUGACUUUCACAGUAAAGACAACCCAAUUUAACAGGAAAUAAGACUUUCAAACCAGGAACAGAUUUCUGCAAUUAUUAAAAAAUGGUUCAUUAUAAAAGCUAUGAAAAUUUGCCAAAAAUCAGAGGAUAAGGGAAACGUUCCACAUUUUGGUGAGCUAUCAGUGUUAAAUGUGUUCUACCACUGUACCAAGUUUGAAGAAGAUCACUCAAAAAAUGAGGGCGGGAGAGCCCCCUAAGUCCCCCCCCCUUCGGGCUGUUUUUGGGCCACCGCGCAUGCGCGUCCGCCAUUAACGAAUUAAUUUCGAAAAUAACGAAUUUUCGUUAAUUUUGAAAAAUUUUGGGGGCCAAAUUCGUUAUUAGCAACAAAAACGAAAAACUGCCCCCUCUAGUUUUGAAACGAGUUUAGAAUCAAAUUUUUCAUGGAUCGAUCAAGCCUAAUG